AAAAUAACUUUAUUUACUUAAUUUUUUAUGUGAUGCUGAGGAUGGAAUGUAGUGCCUCACAUGUGCUAGGCAAGUGCUAUCCCACUGAGACACAAUCCCAGCCCAAUCGCUCUCUUAAAAAAAAAAAUUAUUGGGGAGGUACUAAUAUUUCUUAUAAACAAGUCUCUAUCUCCAACUUUUUUUUCUUGUAUUAUGUUCUCUAUGCUGCAGUUUAGUCUUCCUAAAAUUUACAUCUAAACACAUAUCCUAAUCCAUUUGAGCUAUUAUAACAAAAUAACCAGAGACUGCAUAGCUUUCAUAAUACACUUUUUUUUUUUUUUACAUUUCUGGAGGCUGGGAAGUCCAAGAUCAAAGUACUAGCAGAAUCAGUGUCUGCCCAGGGUCCACUUCCAGGCUCAGAGAUGGACAUCUUCCUGUUGUUUCUUCAAGAGUAGCAAAAGAGGUGAAGGAGCUCACUGGGGUCUGUGUUGAAGGGCACUAAUUCCAUUCAUGAGGGCUCUACCCUGAAAACCUAACCACUUAAAGGUCCCAACACAUUUGUACUGGGGCUUACGUUUCAACAUAGAAAUUUGGAGUGGGCGACAUAAACAUUCACUCUAUAAUGUCAUAUCAACCUCUACUUAGAACCCUUAAUUGAAUCCCUAUUAUUUGUAAGACAGAGCUCAAAAUCUUUUAUGUGGCCCAAAUCUUGGUUUGAUCUCCGCCUUCCUCCGCCUUGACCCUUUACUGGCCUCCUACCUCUCUCCUUCUCCCUCUUUUGUAUGCAACUCUGUUUCUUUCAUUUUCUCUGAUAGACCAUGCCCUUUCUCCUGUCUAGAGCUGUCAUACUUACCUUUUGUUUUUUAAGAACACUUUCCUCAAUUGUAUCCAUUAUUCAGAUUUCAUCUUAGAUGACCCUUCCUCCAGGAAGACUUCCCUGAUUCUUCAUAUCUGGCUUAGACAAUCCCUGGGUCCCCACUGCACCUUAUUAGGCAUUGUAUCACACUUGUUGUGACUUUCUAUAUCCUGCCUAUAUGGUAAGUUCUGUUUGGACAAGGAUCCUUAGUACCUAGCAGAGUCCCUGGCAUAUGAUAAAUGUUAAAUAUUUACUGAAUGAAAGCGAAAUAAUCUUCCUCCUUAAAAAUGUUAUUAAUUCCAUAUGCUGAUUGAUUGAGUUUAACUAGUAUAGGGGAAUAUAUUAAAUAUAGUAUAUAUGCAGUAAAUCAACUAAGCAACCAAUUUCCCUCCUUUCUUGCCUUCCUUUCCUCUUCUUUUCCACUAAUAUUUACUGAGAAUUUUUGUGCCAGUUUAAAGAGACAUUUGGCUAAAAAUAAAAUUGAGCCUUUUUUUUUUUUAAUAUUUUCUUGGUUGUCAGUGGACUUUAUUUAUUUAUAUGCAAUGCUGAGAAUUGAACCCAGUGUCUCACACAUGCUAGGCAAGUGCUCUACCACUGAACCACAACUCCAGCCCCCAAAUUGAACUUUUUAAGUUUGAAGUAAAAACUUACUAGUAGUAUUCUUUGACCCAAACCCUGAGGCAUGAUUGGAUAGAAGAGAGUCCUUGAUGGACUCUCAAACCCUGAUUGAGAUUGAUAUCUAGGGUGAUCUCCAGGCUUACUUUGUCCUGUCUUCUGUUGAAAAAUCCCAAGCACCUUUGCAGGGUCUCUGGAAAAUUACUAGAAACACGUAUACUAUCUGACAUGUCAUGUCCAGAGCACCUGAAUGUAAAGUUCCUGCCUGCCUGGAAGAUGCUUAAUUGGAUAAGGCAAAAAAAUAUGAUGGAAUGUCCUUUCAUUGACAUAAGGUCAGGUUGAAUUCUCAUCAUAUAAGGGAAUGGCUUUUGUACAAACCAUUGAUAAAAAUAAAAGGUCUCAGUGACACAUCACUUAUUUUUAUGCAGAUAUUUUUUUUUCUGGGCCAUGAUCUGUUAUUACUGUUGAACAUUUGCCAGCUUUGUGUCUAACCAUGCUAUUGUUAAAUUUUCUAUAAUAGUCUGGCUCAUGUGCUGAACCUUCAAAUUAUUCAAAUAAAAUUUCACAUUUAAAAAUUUAUGAAUAGUAAUUGUGAUUUAUUUAUGAAUUUUUAAAAUCACAAAACCCUUUUCAAGGGGCUUUAGUCAGUAAAAAUAAUGAUUAGGUUGAGUAAGCAAAUUGCUGUUUAUAUUGGCCAAAAUGUUUAAAUAUCAGCAAGUUCAUAUAAUUUAAUUUAAUAGUUGUGGAAGAAUGUUAUACAAUACUACAUUGGCAUAGUGAAUUUUUAAAAUUUCUGUUUCUACUUUCUUCAUGUAAAAUUAGCAAAUUCUGUGUCACGUUAGGAACAACUGGCUUUUAUGGUGUUGUAACAAAUGGUUCAGCAAAUGAAAGUGAACAAAGGCAACUGGAUGUUUCUUACUUGGUAAAUUUAGAAGUGUCUAAGAAGGACAGACAGGAUUUCUGUGCCGAUUGUCAGUGUAUUCGUGGGUUUUUUAAAUCCCCAGAGUUUACAUGUCUAAGUACUCCCCCCCACUCCCGAAUUAUGAGAAACAUAUAGGGUUUAUUCCCCUUAUGUUCACCUAGAAACCUUGGACACAACAAUAAAGAAGUGGUUCCGUAAGAUAUAACCAUGUAACUUUUAAUGCUAAUGAGACUUUUUUUUUUUUUUUUUUUGCCAGAAACCAUUGUAACAGAUUUUUAUUUAAAAAUGAGAAACAAGAACAUUAAGAUGGUUUAUUACAGGAAGAGUCUUUAUAGGGCUUUGGUUUCAGUGAGCUGGUCUGUGACAAAGCAAAUUGAUGGCUGUGAUAGGCUAGUGAUGUCAUUGUGAUGUCAAUACUCCUACUUAUCUUGCACAUGCUUGCUAGUUUGGAACACUUUAUGUUGAACUGUGAUAGGGGAAACAAGACAGUUCUGUAUGCAGAAGCCCAUCAUGGCUGUAACUGGAGAUGAAACAGAUGAGGAAACUGAACUUGCCCCAAGUCACAUGGCUGCUGCCACAGGUGACAUGCCCACUUAUCAGAUCCGAGCUCCUACUACAGCUUUGCCACAGGGCGUAGUGAUGGCUGCCUCACCAGGAAGUUUGCACAGUCCCCAGCAACUAGCAGAAGAAGCAACACGUAAACGAGAGCUGAGGCUAAUGAAAAACAGGGAAGCUGCUAAAGAAUGUCGACGUCGAAAGAAAGAAUAUGUAAAGUGUCUGGAGAGUCGAGUUGCAGUGCUGGAAGUGCAGAAUAAGAAGCUUAUAGAGGAACUUGAAACCUUGAAAGACAUUUGCUCUCCCAAAACAGAUUAGUAGAAAUAUUUAACUAUGAACUGAUUACAACAUGUACAGUUGCUUUUGAAGGCAAUACAAUAUAUAGCCGGCAAGAAUUAUGGCUUUUUUCCUUUGUAUCAUUCAUCUUACUUUCUAAUCUCUAACAUUCCUAAAAUGCUUCCCUGUACGUAGUUAACUCUUAGGUAUAACUUCAAUUUUUUUAAAAAGAGACAAACUGUAAAAAAUGUAUGUAACAAAUUCUUAAAAUGAAAUAUUUGUAAGACUGUUCCAAUGCUACAUAUUUGCAGUUCCCAAUCUCUGUGUCAUGAAUAGUGUCCUAUGUAAUAAAACUUUUUGCAGGUCUUUAAAAUCAUUUUAGGAAAGGAUGAUCAAAUGCAUCCAGCAGUAAAAUAAAGUUAAACCACAAAAAUACCUCAGGAAAGAAUUGAAAGAAAGUAUAUCUAAUGACAUGCCUAUAUGAGAAGAAUAGCCUAGAAAUGAAUUUUUGGCAGAUUUUUGUAUUAGUCACUUUGUAAAGAAAAUAUUAUACAGCUGUCCUUGAAUGCUAUAGUUGAAAACAGUUUUAAUAGAACCAUGUUGGUUGCACUUUGUAGUAUUUGGUGCUUAUUUAAAUUUCUGAACAUAUAUUACAGUUUUUUACUCUAUUGUGUAAUAUAAAUUAUCUUUUAGAAGUUCUUAGUGUUGGUUUGAUAUUAUCCAAUGAAAGUGACAAGAUAUUUUUAAUAUCUAGAAGGAGUUAAAGCCUAUUAGAAUUGGAUUGCAUACAUUCAAGGGUAUGAGCUGGUUCCUUCACUGGGUCAUGAUCCUUGCAAAUGCUCCUUUUGCCAUCUCAUCUAAGGGUCCUAGGACCCCAGGGCUGGGGAUGUGGCUCAGUGGUAGAUGCUUGCCUAGCAUGUGUAGGGCUCUGAGAUGCAAUCCUAGUCCUGCUAAAUAAAUGAUAAAAAGGAUGGUCCCAGAGAUUUGUACAGAAGAACAGAGCAGAACGACCAGAGGCCAGCCUUUGGGGUGGACUGGCCCUUCCUGUUAGAUGGUCUGGAGAUCUGCUGAUGGCCAUCAUCUGCAGGCAUUUUGAAAUAAAACCAAAAAGAAUCCGAGAUUUUAUUUUUCAUUUCAAAACAGCUUAAAGUCCAUAUCACAUCAAUAUUCUUCCGUCAUUAUAUUCAGAUGAAGUUCCUUACAACUGAGACAGCAAUGUUGCUACUGGUAUCCACAGUUCAUCUUACUUUUAUAGUAAAGAGCUUCAAGGCCUAGGCUCAACACCCUAACCAUGCAACAUUCACCAACAGUACUGAAUGUGGACUGUGUACUACACUCUACUGUAUUUUCUACUGUAACUUCAGACUUGUUGAGGACCCCCCACCUUUAGUAGCAGAACUGACAGUGGGUAUAGGGAGGUACAAAAAAACAGGAGGUCAUUCCUAAAGUUCCAACUGCUGCUGCCCCCAUAUCAUCAUCAUUCUUUCUCUUAUCUGUAACUUCCAGAAGGUAGGGAGUGCUAUUCUUGGCUUUGUUUUAAAAUACUUAUUGCAGAGCCUGAGCUUGAAUUUCUUUUGGUCUUUCUUCUAUAGAGAAGUAAGAUGAGGAAAGAAGAUGUAGAAAUAAAAAGGAAAGGAAAACCCCAAGCUUUAGGUGAAAGGAAAUGGUUAUUUGCACUUAACUCAGUCAUUACAAAUCAGUUGUGUGCUUGGAGUGGUAGACAUGGAGAGGAAGGCACAGGACUCAGCAGACAAGAUGUGCAGAGUUAGAAGCAGUAAAUGCUGUGUUAAAAUUAGGGAAGAUGUAGGCAGGGAUUAAAUAAGAAACUUCAUGUAGGAGGUCCAUUUGGAACCAGGCCCUGAGAUGAUUGAUGGGGCUGGGGAAGAAGGUAUUCCAGAGUGGGAAUACAGAACACGUGAUGCUUGGAUUUGGGGUGGGGUGAGGGGGGAUGAAGGGGAAGCAAAGUAAAGUUAGUACUCACACAAGAGUUAGUUUCAUAAGAAAGAGAGAGCACACCUGUAAUGUCAGUGAUUAGGAGACUGAGGCAGGAAGAUUACAAGUUCAAGGCCAGUCUGGGCAGAUGAGUGAAACCUUUCUCAAUUAAGAAAAAAAGGCUGGGGAUGUAGCUCAAUGGUAGAGCACCCUAAUUCAAUCCUAACUACUACAAAAAGAGAGCAAGAAAUAUAUGUGCACGUGUGCACUCUGUUACUUCAGUAGAAGGGGAAUAUGUUCAAUUACUUGAGGUCACAAGUAACAAAAGUCCCCCUUAUUAUAACAAUUGGCUUUAGUAAGUGAGAAGGUGCUUCGCUGUAGCAUACCACCACAAAAAUUUUAAUUAAGCAGAACAUCUCCAUCCUCUGAACUUUCCAAUGGAGAGAUUUCUCUGUAAUUUAUAUCGUGCCUGAAACAGUUACUGAAAGUCUAUAAGUGCAAGUCCUAUUCUACCAAAAAAGGAUUGAGGCAAGAGGAAUUUUAUGACCUUACAAAAUGAGGAGUCCACAGGUAGGAGAUAUCAAGGUUGCUUAGUUCUGUGACAUAUCAAGGCCAGAUUCAUCUUUCUCUAGUCACAGAUUCCCUCAGUCCUCAUAUUGCCGCCACAGUUUCAGGCAGCAAAAGAUGGAAAACAUAGCCACCCCUCCCUUAUUUGUUUGUUUGCUUCUGGACACCUCUCCAUAAGUUCCUUAGCAGCACACUCCCUCUGAAUCUCCUAGGCCAGACUUUCAUGAUAUCUUUGUUUCUUAACCAAUCACUGGCAAGAAGAAUAGAAUUAAAAGCACUGGGUUGCUAAUGAAGAUUCCACUCCUAGAGCUGAGGAAAGUUCCAGGCUUUGGGAAAGCAUAUGGCCGUCAAUGUUAAAUAAAAUUGGGGUUCUGGAAGAAUUGUGUGUGGGCAACUGGCAAUAUCUGCUGUGGAGAUGAGUGAGUGCUUAAACCAUUCAGGAAGUCAGGAACAGCUUGUAAGAGGGCUGGGGCUCAAGCCAAGCUCUGAAAGAUGCAGAGGAAAUUUUUAUUCUUUCUCAUCCAAUUUGUUCCUGAAACCAGGAUUUUGUUACCAAAAUAGUCCUAUUUGAUAGCUCUCCAUUCAGCUUUACAACAGAUAUUGCCUACAGCCUGUCAGGGAAGCAAGUGAACAGUAAGUUGGAAUCUACACGAAUAUUUACAUCCUGUACGUCACUGUUGCUUAGAAUCCAGGGCUGUCACUGCAUUUGUUGUCUUUUCUUAAUCCUAAAAGUUUCAGAAUCUGGACUGUGGGAUACAGAAAUUACUGAUCCUGGGUCAUGGGAUUACAUCACUUGUUUGUCAUGUUUAACUAGGUACUUCAUGAUGCUAAAUAUUACAUGAUGGGAGAAUAAAGGAAAUGCAUGUA